CAGCUUUCUUUACGGUUUGUGACGUUGAACGUGUCGGUUCUCUGAAGAGCUAAGGCCAAAAUUUGGCGACUGCACGUUUAUUUUGCAAAGAAAAUAACAUCUUUAAAUCAUGUCGACGAAAGCAGAACUCGCUUGUGUUUAUUCCGCCUUGAUCUUGGUUGACGACGACGUCGCCGUGACGGGUGAGAAGAUUCAGACCAUCUUGAAAGCGGCUAACGUUGACAUUGAGCCUUAUUGGCCAGGUCUGUUCGCCAAGGCUCUGGAAGGAGUCAACGUCAAGGAACUGAUCACCAAUAUCGGAUCCGGCGUUGGAGCAGCUCCAGCUCCAGGUGCAGCUGCUGCUGUAGCUCCAGCCAGUGCCGAGGCAGCUCCUGCCAAGGAGAAGAAGAAGGAGGAAGAAGAAGAAGAAGGAUCUGACGAUGACAUGGGCUUUGGCCUCUUCGACUAAAUCCCAGGAUUGUCAUUCGCGGUCCAUAAUUUUUUUAUUGUACAGUUAUCGUGUGCGGUAAAAUUUUAAUAAAAGACUACGAAAUAAAA